CAGAACUUCCGGUUUUUGUUGUCGUUUGUUUUUAAAAAGCAGAACUCAAUGAAUUGGAAAAUGUAGUUUCAAAGGUUGUUUGGAGUCUGUAGGAUGGCCGGUGAUGGUGUAGGAGUGAGACUUCAUUUCUUAAUCCCAUCAUCACCUGAAGCUCUAUAAUGAAAUUAUUCACCACAGUCCAUCUCAUAUGCUUUCCACUGCUUUAUUUUCGUAUAAAUUCCUCACUACAUUAUGUCUGGCAGUCUGCCACCAAUAGGAGUCUUCUGGGACAUUGAAAACUGCUCCGUUCCCAGAUGGAAAUCUGCUCUAUCUGUUGUCCAGGUCAUCCGAGAAUCUCUGUUUACUGACCACAGGGAGGUGGAGUUUAUGUGUGUCUGUGACACCGGCAAGGAAAGUAAGGAUGUCAUCCAGGAACUCAAUUUUGCUCAGAUUAAUGUUGUUCACAUCAAUGCCACCAGUAAGAAUGCAGCUGAUGAUAAGAUCCGACAGAGUCUGAGACGGUUCGCAGACACACACUCUCCACCUGCUACUGUGGUGCUGAUAUCCACUGAUGUAAAUUUCGCUGCUGAUUUAUCUGAUUUGAGACACAGAAAAAAAUUUGAUGUUGUUUUGAUACAUAGCCGGAAAGUUUCAGAGGCCCUGAAAAUAUGUGCCACUAAAAACAUUGUUUAUGAAGAACUUGUUAAAGAUAUUCCAAAACGCCAAGCAGAAGUUGUUGAGGAUGGAGGAUUAGAAUUAGAAGUGACAGGACUGCCUCGUAAUGUCAGCGAAAAGAAAAUCAAGAAUCGCUUAAAGACCUUGUCCGUAAACUGUGGAGGAAGGGUUGUCUGUGUCUCCAAGGAAACAGCUGUCUUACGAUUCUCCUGUCACAACGAUGCAGUCAAAGCAAGGAUUAGAAUGGAGGGAGAGGAUGUGUAUGGGAAUAAGAUAAAAGUGAACUUCCCUCAAACCUCCAAAAGUAACUCCAACAAUAGUAAUGAUUCCAAUGAAUAUCAGUCACAGAAAGUACCAUCUCCGACUUCACAAACAGGAUCAAAAAAUACAAAGUCUAAGAAUACUCAAAGACAAAAAUCAGAGGAAAAGAAAUCUCCUAAAUCAGAAAAGGAAAAUAAAAUAAAAUCUCAGCCAAGGGAAAUGGCUACCACUUCAACUGACAAAGAUGUAACAUCAACAAGAAUACAAAAUGUUGUGGAUAAAUUUUCAAAGGACAACAGAGGGAGUCGCCACGUUCUGAUGUUACAACAGCAGCUGUAUCAGGAGGGACAGUGGCAGUCGGAGGAACACCACACGCCCCCUCAACCAUUCUACUCCCACUAUAAUUAUUACCAUGGCUACCAAAAUAGACAAAACUACUCCCAUCAUCCCCCAGAUUACAAUAAUUACCAUGGUUACAAUGUCUCUAAUAGUUUCUAUCACUAUGGUUCACAAAACAAUCGUAGUUUUACUUCAUAUAGUUCUUACCGAAGCUUAUAUGAAGGAAACCCACAAAGUUUUCGCAGAAAUCAGCAAAAUGGAUAUCCCAAUGAAUCCAUGCAACCAAUGUAUGAUCACAGAAACAGAGAAAAUUAUGGAAACUAUGAAUCAGAUCGAGAUUACAAUGACAGGAAUGCGUACACAUUUCAACCAAUCACCAGCCCCUCACCUUGUCCCAGUUCUUCUAGCGGUUCCUCGAUGGAGAUUGACCAGGGGGACUGGGAUUCCCUGACCGGACCGGUAGAGCUGAUGGUGUCUAACCUUGACUAUAACAUCAGCGCUAAGGAGUGGAGGAAAAUCUUGUUUACAACUUUUCAUCCUCAUGUUAGGGUUCUGAAUGUUCAUGUGAAGACACAGCCAGAUAACACUAGUCUAGGAAUGGUUAAGGUUCCUAGUAUAGAGGAGGCUAGGUUUGCUAUUUCACAGUUCCACCGAAAAAAAAUUGGAUACAAACGAAUCCAUGUGACCCUAAAGAAUGAAGAUACACAGCGCCCAGCUUCCACUACCAGAAUGGAAGCAGUAGCUCUUCUCUCAGAAGCAAAAGGAAAUGUUUUGCCCUUGUUCAAAUUCAUAGAACUAUUUGAUAAGAGAUACCACAGGACCAUCAGUGUAUCAGAGCUGUAUAAGAUGAGAGACACCAUUGAAAUCAGGGAGCAGGGAGGGGCCGGAAGGAUGGUCUACCUGGCAAACUCCUCCCCUCCUUUGUCCUCGACCCCCUCCUCUGACCCUGGGGAUGGGGACAUGACUGAGAUCCUUGAGCAGCCUGUCUGCCUAAAACAUUGUCCUGAGGGGUCUGUAGCUUACGCCGAGGCUGUCAACAGAUGCAUGCUGCCUCUAGUCAAAAUACGCCUAAAAACAUUUGCUGCUGAUGUUCACACCUUGUUGCUUAGUCAUGAGGGAAACAUGCCCCUGAUGGGCUUUUCAGCCUGCUAUGGGGCUGAGUUUUCAGCCAUCUCGGAGGUGUUAGAUGGAGGGGUACCCCUAGAACACCUGAUCAGCUGUGUUCCUGGGAUCCAGAUACAAGUGUCCAGCUCAGGUGUCAAAAAGAUACAGUGGGCCGAAAAUAAACCUCCGUCUCAGAUCACAGCUGAACAGAGCCGUAGCUGCAGCAGCCCCCUUCUGAGCCAGCAGUUCAGUCAGAUCAGCCGGGAGAUGGUGGACCUUCUGAAGCAGUCCCCCCAGUGUCGCAUGCCAUGCAGCAAGUUCAUCCCCUCCUAUCACCACUACUUUGGCAGGCAGUGUCGUGUGGCAGACUAUGGCUACAACAGACUCAAGGAUCUGUUUGAGGCCAUUCCUCAUGUUGUACAAGUACUGGGAACAGGGGACAGAAAGAUGCUGACAUUGAGUCACAAGGCUCAGUUACGUCGAUUUACAUCGGACCUCACCAAAAUACUCAAGUCACAGCCAGGCAAACAGCUGUAUGCCUCCGCCAUUCCUGAGGCAUUUUCUCUGGCAUUCAAUAAGAGGUUUGAUGUGGCAGAGUAUGGAAUGGCUUACCUGGAUGACCUGUUGUCUGAGCUGCCAGCCACUUCUAUUGUGGUCUCGAACGAAGGAAAGGAAUGUACUGUCACUCUCCCAAGAAAAGACCAGAGUCCAGAAGAGAUAGAGAGAACUAAACAGUUUGCCUUGGAAGUGGUGGAUCUUCUAAAGCACAACCCCCAGUGUAGGAUGCCAUUCAAUAAGUUCAUCCCAGCCUAUCACCAUCACUUUGGAAGACAAUGCAGAGUGUCGGAUUAUGGCUUCAGUAAACUUCUGGAUCUGUUUGAGGCUAUCCCCCAUGUUGUUGAGGUAAGUAUUGAGGAGGAGGGUGAGGAAAGGUUGAUCUACCUGACAGAACCUGAGCUUCGUAAGAUCCUGGCUGAACAGAUUAUCAGUCUGUUAAAAGCCCAGAAGAAGGAAUGUGUAGCCCUCCAUCACCUCAUGUCUGCUUUUACUUGUCACUACGGCUUCAACAUCCCUCUACAUGACUUUGGAGUGGACUGUGAGGAAGAACUCCUCAAUAAGCUGAAACAUGUUGUCAAGGUGGAGAUGGUGAAUCGCUGUAAGUAUGUGAUGUUGACAGAUCGUAAUACCAUUCCUCCACUGGCCAAGCAGGUGCUUCAGUUGUUGAUGGAUCAGAGUGGUGGAAGUCUUCCCCUGAUGGAGCUCUGUAGUCGCUAUCUAUCUACACAUGGUAAAGAGUGUAACAUCAAGCAGAUCAAAGAGGAAUUACUCGACUAUGUGCAGGUGACAGGGGAUGAUGAGUCGGAGGUCAUUAGUCUGACCGCCCUACAGAUCUUUGCCAGGGACACUCGUAUCCUGCUUCACAAUCACACACAGAUAGCUGUGUCUCACUUUGACUCGGCCUUCAGGGAGAACUUUGGAAUCGAGAUCAAACCGGCAUUGUAUGGAUUUCCCACUAUUGAGGCACUACUUCAGGCUAUCCCACACAUUGUGACUUUUGGAGGGAAAGGCCAAAGAAAAUUUAUACAGCUGGCAGAUGAAUUUUCAGGGAGUAGGUCCCCUAUCUCUGGCCUUGUCAGAUUGUCACCAUCUGCAGAUUCCGAUACUCAAUCCAGUGAUUCAGGGGUUACAGAUACACACCCAGAAGUGGAGGACAUUAUGAAGCAUUCAACAGGACCUGCUGUAGAUCUGCUGGGGGCCCCAGUUCCUUCAGCCAUCCCCUCCCCUGACCUGCGUCCUGUUGCAAGACAGUUAGAUCUCAUGAAGUUUGAAAGUGUCACAGAUAUAUCAGAGAGAAUAUGGAGUCUAAGUGAAGAAGAAAAGAAGGGACAGAAGACCCCCCUUUGUAGGACACCAACAUCAGAGCUCCUUCAGCUGGCUGCACAGUGUCUGAUCUCAAGACCUCCCUCCACUGAGCCCGGAUCUAAAGAGGAGAAAAAGUCCGCCAGUCAAGAGUUACUCGACCUAAUCAAGGGCAGUGGAUGGUGGAAAAUCAAUGGGAACGAGAUCGACCAAUUUAAGAAGAACCUGUCAGAGGAAACGAAAGGUGCAGAUAAAUCUAGUCCAUCUGUGUCAGCAGAUAAGUCACAGAGAGAGGAUGCUGAGAGAAAUGCUAAGGGACCCAAGUACCAGUCAUCCCCUCUACAAGAGCUGGCGGCUAAACAGAUCUUACAAGCCCUCCACCUGCCACCCAAAAAUCCCAGCAGGGGAAAGCUGGAGCAUACCUGUGCUGCUUCAGAGGAGAUGUCAUAUGACCACAUGUUUCGACACGACUUGCCUCUGGAAACCAGCUCCAUUAAAUCAGAUUCCAGCACACUGAGUGACAAGUCAGAGUCACCAAAGAAAUCCCCCCGCAAGCCCCGAAUCGCAGCCAAGUUCACUGUCCCUAUGGACCUGGGGUGUCAGUGAUACUGUUAGUAUUGUGUAUCAUGUACACAUCUGAUAUAUUUUCGUUGCAAUUGGCUUGCAUGUUUUGUGUUUGCUUAGUUUUGUGAUCCAAAAAAUGGAAGUUGUUACAGUUUUAUUUUUCUAAAAAAUGAUUUUUUUCAGUUAAGCAACUGAUGUGAGAAAUUGAAGAUAUGAUAUUCUAUGAUGAACAGUGUUAAAUUUAAUUCUGUGUGUUACCCAAUCCAAUAGAUUAUGAUCAUUACAAUUUCUGUAUUGUAACACCUAGUUUUUUGAUUGAAAUGGAAGUGUUAGCAAGUUAAAUAUGUGAUCAUGUUUGUAUAAGAAGACCUCUUAUAUAUUUCUAGUAGGUCUUAAGACAUUAUAGGGGCAAAGCUCGGUGAGGGAAAAAUUGAUUCCAGUAUACACUAUGUUAAUGUUUACUUAUGAACUGAAUUCUGUUUGAAGGAAUUUAUGAUUUCAUAGGCAUAUCACUGAAACUGAUUUUUCUCUCCCUGAUGACUUUUAUAUGACCAGGCUGACACAGGGCGAUUCUCCUGUAGUCUGGUUAAGGGGAUGACUUGUUGGUUUGUAAUAGAACAAUUAGUAUUAUUAUUGUCAAAGUGAAGGUUUAUCGAAACCUUACAGUUUUUGUGACCUCAUGAAUUGAUAAAUUGUCAUCUAUAUUCUGUUUAAAGAGCAUAUGUAAGAUCAAAUUAUUUGACUGAGAAAUGACAUUUAUGCAGUUUUGUGCAAUUGUAAUUGAAGUUUGUACAUUAUAAAUGAUGGAGAGAAUCUGCUAUAUAUAGUAGCACAGGGAUUGUUUUGCAUUAGAGAAAGUGCAGUUUUGUCAGCAGUACAUCAAUUUCAUGAGCAGUACAUCUGCUGUAUAGUUUAUGCUAUAAAUUGGAGCUUAUUAUCAGUACAUGUGAUAUGUACAUUGUUUAAUGUUCCAUUAGUAGCAAUGUAACAGGUUGGCAACAAUACUAUGUAUGCACAAUUCAGGUUAUGAUGGAAAAAAUGAUACUAAGAAAACCCUGUAUCAGCUGGCAAAAUAUAAAUAUAUGCUUUAUUUUUUUUAAUGUUAAAUGCCUAAAAUGCUAUGAUUUGUCUGCUUUUUUAAUUCAAAGCAACUCUCACAUGAAAUUUAGAAAUAAAUGUAUGCACUGUU